UAUCUAAAUAUAAAACCCUAAUUUAUGAAUUCUCUCUGAUAAGUCUUUCAGAGCAUGCGACUGUAAAUCACCAUUAAAGAACACCUUUUCCUUGCAAAAUCAAAAUAAAAACACCCUUUUCUCUCUCUAAAACUCUAUCUCUCCCCCAGAAGUUGACGAUGGCGGUUCCCGUGGUUCAGUUCCCGAUCUUUCUUCUGAUAAGGAUCAUUGGAGUUACGGUGACAACUCUGGUUCUUACAUGGACUGUGCAUUACAGAGGAGGAUUAUCUCUCAUCUCCGACAACAAAGAUCUCAUCUUCAACGUCCACCCCGUUUUAAUGGUGAUUGGCCUCGUACUUUUGAAUGGUGAAGCCAUGCUAGCAUACAAGACAGUGUCAGGAACAAAGAGCUAUAAAAAGUUGGUUCAUCUAAUGCUGCAAUUCCUGGCUUUCUGUUUAAGCAUAAUUGGCGUAUGGGCGGCUUUGAAAUUUCACAACGAUAAAGGCAUCGACAAUUUCUACAGCCUGCAUUCAUGGCUAGGCUUAGCUUGUGUAUUUCUAUUUAGCAUCCAGUGGGCUUCUGGAUUUGUGACCUUUUGGUAUCCAGGUGGUUCAAGAAACGGCAGGGCAACCCUGUUGCCAUGGCAUGUAUUCUUUGGGGUCUAUAUCUAUGCCCUCGCUGUUGCAACUUGCACCACUGGUAUUUUAGAAAAAGCCACCUUCCUUCAAACCAACAAGGUAAUAUCACGCUAUUCCACUGAAGCAUUGUUGGUGAACUCAUUGGGCAUCUUGAUUGUUGCCCUGGGUGGUUUUGUUAUUCUUGCGGUUGUUUCUCCUGUGAACGGCAAAGGUGACCUUCCCAGAGGGUCAAUCGAAUAGGCACAAGCCUGUGUCUCUCCAGAUUCAGCAGUGACAGAGAAUCUUAUUUUACAUUUGAGUUGUGGGGCUUGCAGUGGUAAAGAUUUGGAUAUAACAGAAUUGAAAUUCAAUAAAAUUUCCCCUUACUGGUUC